AUGGGGGCCUUCCCGCCUUGUCGCCGUCGAACCUCGCCGCCGCCGUCGCCAAUCUUCGUCCGCAAGCGCUCGAGCCGCCGGUCUCUACCCACAAGCCCUGACGACCUGCGCCACCCCGACACCGAGCCCCCGGAGCCUCGACGACACGCCGCCACCUCGCUUUGGCCCGCGACCGCCGCCCCCGCCUCGUCUCUCGCCCGCGCCCGCAACAAGAACCCCGGACGCCGCGCCAAUCCUUGCCGUUACGACUCACCCUGCAGAUCUGUCUCCGCCGUCGAUCCUAAGCCACCGGUGACCGAGCCGCAGCCGAGCCGAGAUCCGGCCGCCGGAGUCCCUCCGCCCGCAAAUUCGAGGUCCCCAACAACGAAGGCCCGGACCCAGCUCGACACUUCCCUUUCGCCGGUGCCGAGCCUCGUUGAAGACCCAGAUCUGACGCCGCCCUCGCUCCGUGCCGCGACGCUCGCGCCCGAUCCGAUUCUCUCGCCGGACAUCGCGCCCAACAGCCCGAUCCAAACGCCGGAGCUCCUCAUCACGGCCACCCGAGGCCUCCCGCCGUCCCCGCAGCACCCGCCGGGUGAAGCCCGUGAUCCGAGCGCCCCGACGCCGCCGCGACGCAGCCCAGUUUUGAUAGAUGCAGAGAUUGUGAAUUCGCUAAAGCAAGUUCCAAGUCUGCAGAUUCUAUCUGCUUACAUCUGUUGCUUUUUCUCGAAUCCUAUUAGGAACUCGGGUUGGGCCCUUGGACCCGAUCUGAGUAUGGGCGGCGGAUUGCAAUCCCAUGCGUCCAGGCCAUGGACAGAUUAUUGGGCUUAUUGCAUUGAGAUGCUUCAAAGAAAAUUUUGGCUCAGCUCCUAG